UAGACUAAGGAUUGGUGGACAUAUGAACUUUGUUAUGGCCAUUAUAUCAAACAGUAUCAUGUAGAAGAUAGUAAAAUAGUUGGCCAAGUUAUCACUCUUGGCUUGUACGAUUCUGAUUUUGAUUGGGACAAUGAAACUAACAAGGAUAAAUCAAGUGAGAACCGACAGAAGCGUUACCACAGUCAAUAUUAUAAUAAUGGCAGUAAAUGUGAUCUGACGGGUCAACCACGAAAUGCAGAGAUAAGAUUCUUCUGUGAAGAAGAUUCAGGCGAUUACAUCCAUCGAGUAGAUGAACCAGGAACAUGUAGUUAUUUGAUAACUGUUCACACUUCUCGGAUAUGUAACCAUCCCUAUCUGAAACCCCUUCCUUCUAAUAAACCGCAAGUCAUAUCUUGUAGUCCUUUAUUAGAUAGUGAGCAGUAUCAAAUUUAUAUAGAAAAAGUAGAAGAGGAUAAAAGAAAAGCAGAGGAGAAGAGAAAAGUAUGGUUAGCUGAACAACAAGAACGUCUAAAGAAACUAAAAACUUGGGCUCAGCAACAGAGAUUGAAAUUGGGAGAAGAGGAAAAAACAGAAGAAGAAACUAAGAAAUCAGAACUGACAGAAGUGCAGACAGAUACCAUUGUAGACGAUGAUGACAAAUCACAAGCAGAAAUUACAAAAGCAGAUAAAAAUUUAGAAAGUUCACAGAAAGAUGAAGACGAAUCUGUUGUCGAAAUAACAAAUGUGGACAAAGAUGACGAUGAAGAUAUUUUAGAAGAAUUUGAAAAAGAACUCUCUUCAAUGUCACAGGAAGAAAAGGCAGUACUAGCAAAUUAUAAAAAGGAUAUACAAAAGGAGAUUUCAAAACAGUUUAAUGAUUUGAUUGAAGAGGCAGAAGAAGAACUACAGCAGGAAAUGGAUACUGACAUCAGAGAUGCUACGUUUUCAAAACUGGCCAGCACACUGAAUAAGUUGAUAGAAAAAUUAGACAAAGCAGAAAAGGAUGUGGCCGUAGCCACGAAGGCAUUGGAAAAAGCUAAAAGUGCAAUCAUUUAUGAGAAGAAAAAUGAUGCCACUGACAAAGGUGAUUCGGAAACAGAAGUACCAGAGGAAACUGCCACUUUGGAUGAAGAGGAAGGCAACGGUGACAUUUUAAAUUUAGAGGACAACGAAGGAAGCAAGGAAGAAUCAGCCACUGACGACGGCAGACUGAGGGUGCACAUACGCAGACUGGGCCAGGGAAAACAGGGAAAAGGAAAACUACAGCUGUUGCGUCAUCAUGGCUUAGAAGGAAAACAGAAGGAGAAACUAGAGAAGGCAGUUAAAGAGAAACUGGAACAAGCAGGUCUGGAUACAAAUGGUAGACGAAUAGAAGUUAAGAUCAUCACCGCCGGAUAUUACGAUGAUGAAGAGGGUAAAGACUUUCAUGUGCUGUCAGAUGAAGAAACUCAGCAGUUCCAGAGCAUGAUCCUGACCCUGCUGACGGGCAACCAGGAAGCAGUGCAAGAAAUGGAAAGACAGAGAAGAAUGGAAAAGAACUAUCACUUUGUGUGGGGAGAAAAUGGACGAGAAAACGAGGAGGAAGAAUGAGAACGCUAUACAUCAUUUCCCACUGUACAUUUUGUAAAUAUUUUGGGCCAAUUAGACCACUCAUUUUCACAUGUGCAUAAUUUAACUGGAAAAAAAGAGAAUUGUCUAGAAUAAAGAUUACCAAAACUUAAA